AUGUACAUUUUCAUUGCAGCCUUGUUACUUAACUCUGUUCUUUUCUCCACUAAUAUCUACCCAAAGCUGUUGAUUGACUUUUUAUCUGAAAAACAGAUCACAUCUUAUCAAGCCUGUCUUGUUCAGUUUUAUAUGUUUUACACUUUAGUUGGUUCAGAGUUCUUACUGUUGGCAGCCAUGGCCUAUGACAGAUAUGUGUCUAUAUGUAAACCUCUGCAAUAUCCAUAUAUCAUGACAAAAAAAACUAGCAUUAUCUUUCUAGCUUUAUCUUGGCUUUUACCAGCAUGCCAUCAUAUUGGAUUAGCAAUACUGACUGCUAUUCAAAAGCUCUGUAUCUUUACUCUGAAAAUUAUUUUUUGCAAUAAUGCAAUUUACAACCUAUUCUGUGUGCCUUCAAGAGCAGUAUCUAUAUAUGGUGUGGUCUGUUUUCUAAAUGUUGUUGUGCUUCCUGUGAUCUUCAUAGCUUAUACAUACACCAGGAUACUUAUAAUAUGUUAUCACAGUAGUGGAGAAUUCAGGAGAAAAGCUGCACAGACCUGUGUUCCUCACCUGCUGGUGUUAAUCAACUCCUUCUAUUUGUUAAUAUGUUGUCUUAUUACAGUUAGACUCGAAUCUGAUAUUCCAAACACUGCACGUUUACUAAUGGCUUUACAAACAGUUUUGUAUAAUCCUCUUUUUAAUCCAAUUAUAUAUGGACUAAAAAUGACAGAAAUUUAUAAACACCUCAUGAGGAUGAGACCAAUGAAGAAAAAAUGA